AUGCGGCUGCUAGACGUCGACACGCUUAAGCUACACGAGUUUAUGGGCUACCAUAUACCAAAGUACCAAUAUGCUAUCCUUUCACAUACCUGGGCUGAAGGCGAAGUGAGCCUGCAAGAAUUGGAAGCUGGCAGCGGCCCCUCCAAACAAGGCUACGAAAAGAUUGUCCUCACCUGCGAGCAGGCGAAGCGGCAUGGCUAUAGAUGGGCUUGGGUAGACACGUGCUGCAUCGAUAAGACAAGCAGCGCGGAACUUAGCGAAGCUAUCAAUUCGAUGUAUCAGUGGUAUAAGGAGUCUGCCGUAUGCUACGCGUAUCUUACGGAUGUGGAUAAUAGCUUCCCGUAUGCCUCUCCUUCGAAAGAAGGCGGCUAUGAACCAUUAGUCUCGAGAUGGUUCACUAGAGCUUGGACGUUGCAAGAACUAAUUGCACCUUCAAAUAUUAUUUUCUACGGUCCUGGAUGGGUGAAGAUUGGCGAACUGUCCGAAGAACGUAUUCAAGAUUCUCUCUUACAGAUCACGAGAAUCCCAAAGUCCGUUAUAUCCUCACAGAAGUCCUCUUUAUCACAUUAUAGCGUUACCCAGAAAAUGUCAUGGGCAGCUGACAGAUCGAGCACACGGACUGAAGAUAUAGCGUAUUCUCUACUGGGGCUCUUCGAUAUUAACAUGCCGCUCCUAUACGGCGAGGGUCCCAAGGCUUUCGUGAGGCUACAGGAAGAGAUUCUUAAAGAGACAGAUGAUCACUCGCUGCUAUGCUGGACUGUUCCAAGAUUUAGCCCUAGAGUAGGGACACUAGAAGGUGUAUUCGCGAAAUCUCCAGAUGAUUUCACAGAAUCCGGGAAUGUCGUGGGGAACCUUUACGACGCGGGCUCACCGUCUGUGAUGACCAAUAGAGGACUCCAGAUUCAUGUUCAUCUGCGAAAAUUAGAGUACGGCAUACAUUCUCAUCUAUAUUUCGGGAAUCCUGCCACAGCUUCAUAUCACGCAGGACUAAACGCUGGUUAUUACGAAAAUGAUAAAUGUGUAGCUCAGAUGUCAAUAGUCCUAAUCAGGACACCCCCAGUGGCGCCGCGCUCUUCCCGGUUGACUAACAAGUACGCCAGAUUAACUAUGCCGACGCUUGAACGACGCAGCCUAGGGUGGUUUGAUUCAGAUGAAGCCAUGGAUCAAAUAUAUAUGAAUAAAACCCUCCUCUCAUGGGAACAGGAUCGUUUCGGUUUUGGAGGUGUUCAUCUACAAAAUAUACCGAUUGCGGAAACCCUUGCGCCAUUUUCUACAUCAAAAAGAGACAUUUGCGCGCCUGAUAUUAUCGACGAGUCUUCUUUUCAAAUCGAGAACGUCCGUUACUCCAUAUUAUCUAUGGAAAGAGGCAACACUUAUCAAACUAUCAAAUCUCUUCCAUGGGCUAUGACAUGGUCUCAAGUCUACGGCUGCGUCAAAUUUGACGUUGAGCUUCCACAAUUGCCCGAGUUUCCUUACUUCGUAGUGUUUGUUGCCAAACAUAGUUAUUCGACGAGGACAUACUUUAUCUCGCUAGUCUGGAAUGGUGAAUAUUUUCACUUUAGUGUUCGCCCAGCUGAGACGCAAAGCAAUGCAUUUUUCCGGAGUUUGUUGGAUCCGUCAGAUCCUUCAACGCAGCAGGGAAAUUGCUGGGACAUGUACGGUGAGAUAGCUAUGGCAUCAAUGGUUAUACACGGUGAAAACCCCUCUAAACUUGAUUUCAUCCUAGAACGCGAGGACCCCGAUAAUGAUGAAGGAGAGGUGGCGGGAAAUCGUUUACAUUUCCUAAUUCGCGCGGAAAUAGACAAGGAAAGAAAUAACAUGCAAGUACGCAGAAGGGGGCCGUCGUAAGUGUUUUAUGGUGU